CGCAGCUGACAGGCCCUCCUCUCCUCCGCACGUUUCCCUCCCUCCUUCCUCCUGCUCUUGCAACUCGCCAUGCCCUCCUCCUCUCUCCUCCGGGCUGUCUAUGCCCUCGGCCUGGCCACGGGAGCCUCGGCCUUCUCCUACCCGGCCGCCAUUCCCCAGUCCACACAGGAGAAGCAAUUCUCCCAGGAGUUCCGGGAUGGAUACAGCAUCCUGAAGCACUACGGCGGCAACGGCCCAUAUUCGGAGCGUGUCUCCUACGGCAUUGCCCGCGACCCUCCCAGCAGCUGCGCCGUCGAUCAAGUCAUCAUGGUUAAGCGCCACGGCGAGCGAUAUCCCUCCCCCAGCGCGGGUCAGGGCAUCGAGGCCACCCUGGACAAGGUCUACUCGGCCAACGUCUCCGAAUGGAAGGGCGACCUUGCCUUCCUGAAGGACUGGACCUACUACGUGCCCAACGAGUGCUACUACAACGCCGAGACGACCAGUGGGCCGUAUGCCGGUCUCCUCGAUGCGUAUACGCAUGGAAACGAGUACCGGGCGCGCUACGGCCAUCUGUGGGAUGGCGAGUCGGUGCAGCCCUUCUGGAGCAGUGGCUACAGCCGCGUUAUCAACACGGCGCGCAAAUUCGGCGAGGGGUUCUUCGGGUACAACUACUCGACCAACGCCGCCCUCAACAUCAUCUCCGAGUCGGAGUCCAUGGGCGCCAACAGCCUGACCCCCUCGUGCGACGUGGAUAACGAUACCUCCGUCUGCGACCAGCUCACCAAUUUGAUGCCGCAGUUCAAGGUUGCGGCGGCCCGCCUGAACGCGCAGAACCCGGGGCUGAGUCUGAAUGAGUCGGACGUCUACUAUCUGAUGACCAUGGCCUCGUUCGAGCUCAACGCCCGUCCCUUCUCCGACUGGAUCAACGCUUUCACGCAAGAUGAAUGGGUCAGCUUUGGCUACGUGAAUGAUCUGAACUACUACUACUGCGCGGGUCCCGGAGACAAGAACAUGGCCGCCGUCGGCGCCGUCUACGUCAACGCCAGCCUCACCCUCCUCAACCAAGGGCCUGAAAAAGCCGGGUCCUUGUUCUUCAACUUUGCCCACGACACCAACAUCACCCCCAUUCUCGCUGCCCUCGGCGUCCUCAUCCCCGAGACCGACCUCCCCCUCGACCGCAUCCCCUUCGGCAACCCCUACACCACCGGCAACAUCGUCCCCAUGGGCGGCCACUUGACCAUUGAGCGGCUGAGCUGCAACGCCACGGCGCUGUCGGCGGCGGAUACCUACGUGCGGCUGGUGCUGAACGAAGCGGUCCUCCCGUUUGGGGACUGUCAGUCGGGCCCGGGGUACAGUUGUCCGCUGGCCAACUUCACUGAGACCUUGGAGGGGAGACUGCCGAGUUACGUGGAGACGUGCCAGGUGCCGGCGACAUAUCCGCAGUAUCUAGAUUUCUGGUGGAAUGCUAACACCACGACGGGGUUGAAUUAUCGGACGAGUCCGAUUGGGUGUCAGGAGGCCGCUAGUAUGAACUAG